CGGGGAGGUUGCGUGUGUUAUAUUUAAACAUUCGUCUAACAAAUACGUAAAUGUAAUACGAUGCAAUGACAAUUGAGUGUUUGUUUUGAAUGAAACUGUGUUAAAUCGUGCCAAUAUUGCCAAGUUGCCUUAAUGAGUGUGUCUACAUGAAUUGUUUAUUGAGGAUUGUUUACUGAAGUUUCGGAUUCGAAUGAGCUGAUCGGGGAAAAAUGUCAACAAAUACGUUUAUAGCAAAUAACGAAGAUGUCACUCGUGCUGAUGCAAAAGAUCGUAUACUAGAACGCGAUGCUGGUUUCGUGUCAGGCGGAGAGGAUGAUGACUCGUGUUCCGGCCCUGCACACUCCGACGACUCCGGAGUAAGACUCGUCGAGUCAGACUCGCGAGUCAAGAGAGACCGAUCGCCGACUCGUCUUGCGCCCCCGAAGAAACGCAUCCGGCUCGACUCCAGAGAAGACUUAGCGAGUCUUGAAUGCGAGAACCCCACUAGUCCUUUCAGGCCUUGGUCUUUCGCCGAAGAACCGCAACAGGAACCUUUAUCGUUAGUAAAAAAAAACAGCGAAACUAGUCUUUUAAGGCAAAGGCGAAGGCCGCUAGAACCUCAACCGCCUAAAGUUCCUACACCAAUACCAGACACGAGACCCGGCCCACCGCGAGUUCCCCCUCACCCUGGUGUCGUCGAACCGUUCGCUGAAAAGUCGAAACCGAGAGAGCAGAGAAAUUACAAAAACAUGACGAGAGAAAGGCGGAUAGAAGCGAACGCUAGAGAAAGGACGAGAGUCCAUACCAUAAGCGCGGCCUUCGAUACGCUUCGGAAAUCUGUACCAUCGUACAGUCACAACCAAAAGCUGUCUAAGUUGUCCGUGCUACGGAUAGCGUGCGCUUACAUCGCGGCGCUAUCCGCGGCUGUCGAACCGGAGGCUGACCUCUCAGAAGCCGUGGAAAAGGUCACACAAACUAUACACACCGAAGGCAAAUUAAGAAAAAAGAAAGACGAACCUUGAACGUACACCGACAGGGGAUUGUUAGUUCAUACCGUCCUAUGGAGCCUAAGCCUACGCGAUUUUAAGUACAAAGAUGACAAUAAUAUUGGAUAGUAAACGAUUUAUUUAUUUAAAAAUCGAUAGGUUAAGAUCGGUCGUUUCUUUUAAACAAUUUCAUUGGUCAAAAUUCUGUUUGAAUCUCGUUUGUCUUUAUGGUCUGUAUUUAUCGGUUUAUAAAUAUCGUUCCUUAAUUAAAUAUCAUUUCGGGUUCACGUGUAAUUCCUAGCAAAGACAAUUUUGAAAACGCCUGUGUUAACCAUUCCCCAAGCCCAGUAUUAAGACAAAAAAAAAACUAUUUAAUGAGGAUACUAUAUGAAAACUGUGUAUUUUGGCUUUAAUACUUUAUAUUUAUUACAAAUCGAGUCAGUAACUUUAAGUCAGAAUUGUAUAUUUUAUUUAGUUUAUAAGUUAUGUAUUCUAUGUAAAUAUUAGCGUUUAUAAUGUACAGUUAAUGCUGUUGGUAUUAAGUGGUUGCGAAUAUAGUAUGAAAAAAUAUUUGUUCAAAUUAAAGCAAUUUUGUAAGCUCGAAAUAAAGAAUAAGAAUAGUUAUCUGUUUACUAGAUGCAGCAAAAUACAAGCCUUUUCAUCAAAAAAUAUUAUAAUUAAGUUCAAAAGAACUUUUACAUAGGUACUUAUUUAAUGUGAAAAUGGAAUGCCUUAAAAAUAUAAUGUGAUAAUCUUCAGCACCCGAUAAAAUGUAGACAUUUAUGUAUAUUGAAACGUUGGUUCGGCAUUAUUUUGAGAUCGUUUUAUGUUACAAAUCUCAAUUUAUUAUGACAGUUUUAACCGAUUAUAAAAUAUUAGGAAAAAUAGUAAAAACUUUCUCCAAUAAGUCUUGAAUUCAAUUUCUUGACAUUCCAUUUAUUCAUUGUUAAUUUUAAACACU